GGUGACCGCGCGAGCGCAGCGGCGUCAGUGAUCUCCGGCUCUUUAAUGAUGAACGCUUGAUAGACUCAACAGAAGCGUCGCCGCGCUGAGACGUCGUUAUGAAAACGACGGCAGGACAGGAUUAUGAUCGGUUGAACGCCAGCGGAAUAUGACACAGUGGAGCAGCGCUGCUGAGGCGAAGUUUUGUCAGGUGUGGAAGAAAAAAAGCGUUUGGACGUUAAAGGCGAAAGCCCGCGUUUACUAGAUCUCAAUCUACAUGUCUCAGAAGAGUUCCUGAGCCCUCUGACGAUGCAAAUGUUUCCUGCCUUACGAAAAAAACAUUUUUUCAGCAGCAGCUCUUUUAGCAAUAUUCUAGAUGAGGUUGUCAUUGUCUAAUGGUACCGUGUAGUCAUCCAUGUUUGGUUGAAUUCGGCAUCCACUCCACCGCUCAUGAUGGUUUAGUCCUGCUGUGAAAGCACAACAAUGACAUCCAUGGUUGCCAAUGGGACUCGAGGUGGCCAGUCACUGGUCCUGAAAGGAGUGGACCCUGAAACAUGCAUGAUUGUGUUCAAAAACCACUGGGCACAGGUGGUGAAGAUUCUAGAGAAGCAUGACCCAUUGCGCAGUAAUACUGGUGGUCUGGGUGGAGGUCAUGGUCUUGGUGGGAGUGGAGGACUCGGCAGCUUCCGAUUCGGUCCAAUCCCUGGCGAUGAGGCCAGCGCUGUGCAGAACUAUGUAGAGCACAUGCUCUACCUCCUCAUGGAGGAGGAAUGUGGUCAAAAUGGAGCCAUGGGGCCCAUCCUGGAGUUUGUGGUGAUGGAGAACGUGUUGGAGAGACUGUUUAUCUGGAGCCUGAGGCGAGAGUUCACAGAUGAUAUGAAAUUAGAGCAACUGAAGAUGUAUGAGAUGCUGAUUGGACAAGCCAGGCAGCCAUUACUUCAUCAUAAACCAGUUCUUAAGCCUUUGAUGAUGCUCUUGUCGUCCUGCUCCGGCUCCCCAUCGGGUCCAAGCUCCUCUGCAGUGGAGACAGAGCUUGUGCUGCUUCUGAACCAGCUGUGCUGUGUUCUGGCUAAAGACCCCUCAGUCCUAGAGCUUUUUUUCCAUACGAGUGAAGACCAAGGAGCUGCUAAUUUCCUCAUCUUCUCUCUACUCAUCCCCUUCAUACACAGGGAAGGGUCCGUUGGACAGCAGGCCAGAGAUGCGCUUUUGCUUAUCAUGGCUCUUUCUGCUGAGAACCAUGUUGUGGCCAAACACAUCGCAGAGAACACCUAUUUCUGUCCGGUUUUGGCUACAGGUCUGAGUGGGCUUUACUCUUCUUUGCCUACCAAGUUGGAUGUACCCGGUGAAGAGUGGCACUGUCUGCACCGUGAAGACUGGCAGCAGCUGCCUGCUCUUGUGCAGUUUCUUAACUCCUUGGAGUUCUGCAAUGCUGUCAUACAGGUGGCCCAUCCUUCCAUCAGAGACCAGCUGGUUGGCUACAUUCAUAAUGGUUUUCUGGUCCCUGUUUUAGCACCAGCAUUACACAAGUUGACACUUGAAGAAGUAAUGACAACAACAGCAUACCUUGACCUCUUCAUACGCAGCGUUUCUGAACCUGCGUUGCUGCACACCUUCCUAAGCUUCAUCCUGCUCCAUCGCCAUGACAAUGUGCACAUUUUGGACACACUAGUCAGCCGCAUCAACACUCCCUUUCAGCUUGGCACUGUAUCCCUGGCCCUGUUCCGUACUCUCAUUGGCUUGUAUUGUGAGGAUGUCAUGCUCCAGCUUGUGUUCAAGUACCUAAUCCCCUGUAACCAUAUGAUGUUGAGUCAGCGAAGAGUCCUGAGAGAAAGAGACUGUUACUCUGUAUCAGCCGCCAAGUUUCUAACUCUUACACCCUCCUGCUGUUCCCCAGAGGUCAUCCCCCCUCCUCUCAGACAACUGGACUCCAUCCUGUGGUCAAAAGGCACUGAUGGCUCUCAUAUAGGAACUAUGGAAUCAAAAGAGGUCCUCUCAGAGCAGGAUGACUGUGAUAACUCCUGUGUCAUUGGCUCAGAGAUCUACCUGGAUGUCAGUUACCUGCACUACUUGUACGAUGCACAAAACGGCAUCAGUCACUGUAUGCGAGCGUGUCGUGUGUGGUCGGCCCCAUACGAUGGUGAGAACCCUCCUCCAGAAGAAUACCAGCGCAGCACCUUGGAAGAAACUGGAAGGACUCGGCCACCAGUUGCCAGCAGGAAAACCCCAAAUCAAAUGCAUCGCUCUGGCCCACCACUCAAAGAUCUCACUGCUACUCCCGGAUUGCUGGAGCUGGAGUGGGAUGAUAGUUACGACGCUUGUCCUACACAGCUGCAGCCAGAGGAAGAUCAGGAGACUCGCCCCAUCCCGGACGAGCCCCCAAAACACAUUCAAGAACUGCGGAGAACGGCUAUUAUGAUUGUAAAGGGCUCUUACAUUGAAGAGUCGGAGUUCCAGAAUGAUGUUAUGGUCUAUGACCUGGUAGCUCAGAAGGAUGCUCAUGACUCUGGUAAUAGCUAUCGUGCCUCAUCCAAAUCUACAGAAGCAGCAAAGCAGGAGGUAGUAACCGAUCAAAAGACUACAAAUUCAGAAUCCCCAAUGAGCAAUGGUUUGAGCUCCCCAUUAGACGAAAUGGACAGUAAAAAGAGAGGGUCUCAAUCAGACCAUAAAUCACUGGAAGGGGAGGACCUGAUGGCCCAGUAUGAGGAACUCAUAAGGACUCUGGGUGCACAGCACAGUCCAGCAAAAACUGACAGUGACCUCAAGAGUCCUACAGACCUCAUGGAUGAGGAAGAUGAGAUUGACUUUAGCUCUUUCUCCCCAGAGACACCAGAGGCAGAAAAGUUACCAUCUCCUUUUGGGACAAAACCCCGCAGUGGGAGCAGGGGGCAUGCUGUGCCUUUUACAGGGCCGUUUCUGAGUGUACUGCUGUCUCGUCUAGAAAACAUGCCAAGUAAUUCUCUCCAUGUGAACCUGCUUCUGACUGGCAUCUUGGCCCAGUUAGCUGCUUACCCUCAGCCCCUGCUGCGCUCCUUCCUUCUCAACACAAACAUGGUGUUCCAGCCCAGUGUCCGCUCACUAUACCAGGUACUGGCCUCAGUGAAGAACCAGAUAGACCAGUGGUCAGCGAAUAAUAAAGACUUCCCAGAGCUUCUCAUAGCUGCCCAGCACUGCUUAUUGGCCAGGGAGAGUUCACUAAGAGACUCUCAAAGUCCACAUAAUGGAGAUUGGUCCCAUAGUUCUGAAUCAGACCGAAUCAAGACAAAACCGAAUAUCCAACCCAAAACCGUGGUUCCCUUAAACAAAACUGAGGUAUACGCCACAGUUCUUUUCACAGAGUUCCUGAAAGAGCUAGCAGCCUUUGCACAAGAACACUCCAUCCUUUCUCAUCUUCCCACGGAGCAGUAGCCUUUUAUGUUUGUUAUUAAUUUUUCCAGGAAACUUUUGAAAUGACAUUUUGACUGAUUUUUAGCUCUUACUGAAAGCACUAAAACUACACUGUAAACUCUAAAGUAACGUGGGAAUGUUUUUUUGGGGGCCUUUUUAAGCGUAUGUUUUUGUCUAUCGUGUGACACGUCCAUCAUUUGAUUUAUGCAUUACCAAACCUGCCAUAAAACAUAGAUUUGCCUUUAUUUCACAAAGUUGACUUGAGGACACAAAAUGCUGGAUGUCUAAAUCAAAUUUCAGGCCUAAACUAAUUGGUGAUGGCCAUACAGCCAUUUGAGCAAGAGAUGACGAGGCAUUGCGUUAUUAUCAUUUGAGGAGCGUAUUCUUUACAGACUGGAUAUAGUACUGCUGGAACGUUCCCAUGAUGGCCUUACACUGAUAGUGCCUGUUCCUUCAGUCCUUCCUUUUCAACAUCAUCUUCACCUUUUUGUAUACAGCAAGCACACUCUGUAAAACUUUUACACAACUUGUCUGUAGAAUUGCUGGAUUUCCUUUGACCUUGAGAAAGCACUCUUACACUGUGGCACUGGUUCUAUGUAGAGCAUCACUGAUCAUAGCUUUCACUGUCUAUGCAGCACAUAGGUUGUUAACAAUCAUGUUUGAGACUAGCAGCACGCAUGCUUGUUAAUUAGUAUGAUUUUUUUUUUUUUUUUCUUUAGCGGGGUAGGAUAUACACUAUUGUUCAAAAGUUUAAGCUUAGUAAGUUUUUGUUUUAUUUAUUUGUAAAGAAAGAAAUCAUUUUAUCCGGGAAUGACACAUUCAGUUGAUCGAAUGUGAAAGUGAUUUUGUAACGAUUCACAUACAUUCACAAAAAUCAGGUAAAUGAGCCUAUUCAUAAAACAAAUCGGUUUCCGCAAACAUUUUAAUCAGCACGACUACUUUUUAAUAUUGAAAAGAAAAUUCAGAUUUGCCAAAAAAACUUUUGUAAUUUGUAU